AUGUCCAUGAAUGCAAACACCAUGAUUUUCAUGAUCCUGGGCGCCUCUAUCGUUAUGGCAAUAGCUUGCUUGAUGGACAUGAAUGCGUUGCUGGACAGAUUUCACAAUUACAUCCUACCGCAUCUGAGAGGGGAAGACCGAGUUUGUCACUGCAACUGUGGCAGGCACCACGUCCAUUACGUCAUUCCGUAUGACGGGGAUCAGUCCGUGGUGGAUUCCUCAGAGAACUACUUUGUGACUGACAAUGUAACCAAGCAAGAGAUCGAUCUGAUGCUGGGACUGUUGCUGGGUUUUUGUAUCAGCUGGUUUCUGGUGUGGAUGGAUGGGGUUCUCCACUACGCUGUGCGAGCCUGGAGAACCAGCCGGCGGUACGACAAUUCCUGGUCUUGGAUUCCAAAGUUUUGUAACUUAAAGGAGUUCAGAAAACGUCACCACAGGCAGUACGAGGAGGCGACUGGGAACAUGGUGCACAUCAAACAGAAGCUGUACCAUAACGGGCAUCCCAGCCCACGGCACCUCUGAGGAACGCCUUCACCUCCAGAGACUGCAGUGAGGUUUUAAAGAGGACUUUGCUCUUCUUCCAGGGGAACAGCUCCUACUUUUACACCUCUCUGGAAGCCAGCGAGGACAUCAUUUUACUUCUCCAUCCCGUGUGUCCCCCGUGGCACACCAUGAUGCACAACUAAGCCAGUCCUGGAUGCUACGCAGCCAAGACAUUGCACUGUGUUCCACGUUUUAUUGUCAGACUUGUGUACAUAUGUAAAAAAAAAAAAAAAAACCAAACAAACAAACACCAAAAACAGACAAAAACAACAAGAAAAAAAAAAAAACAACAACAAAACGAGAAAAGAGAUUUGCAUUAUACUUUCAACCCCCUCCCCCCCUUUUCUUGGCAUUCACAGCUGUCCUGCACAUCCAGCUGCCCUGCAGGGAAUGUUGGCUGAGGGUAUGGAGGUGGGAGAACAUGAAGAAGAUGCAGUUUCUCAUUCGAGUGCUAGAAGUCCCCCGUUUCUUUGGUCCUUUGGUUCGGUUUUGCUCUUCUUUGUUACUUCUGUUGCUAGAAUGGUAGCAGGUUUGGAGAGGGGCUGCUGCCAGCUAGAUGGGAGGGCAGCAUCCCUUUGCUUUGGUUUUUGGGCAUUGCUGUGGGGGAAGGAAGGCGUGAUGGAUUCGUUCUUCGUGUUGCUGCACACUGAAACCUGCCUUAAGCAAGCUGAGAAAUCUUCCUAGCAGGGCAGCAGCUCUGUGAGGGAUCAGCCCAUGCGAUGGGGCUGGUGCUGUUACUCCUUGCUGCUGUUAGAGAGGGUGGAGAAGUGGAUGGGGCUGAGAGGUGUUACACCUGGCUUGUGCCCUGACCCAUGUGCUAUAUGGAGCACUGCAGCAAGCUGGGCUCAGCCUGAAGCCAAACUCACCUCCCAAAGCAGAUGCGACAGGAAGGGCUGAAGUCAAAGCAAUGGAUGCUCCUGUGGGGUUUUUUGGUUUGGUGUCUGCUGGGCACAGCUUAGGUGUGGGUUUCAGUGUUGCUAUGAUGUGUCUGAACCCCACUCCAUACCCAGAGAGCUUCGUGUCCCGUGGAGCAGCUGGGAGCGAUGCUCGUGGGCAGGGAUGUGCUGGGCUGGGAGCUGUGUUGUGAGCCAGGGGAGGAGCUGAGGACCAAAGGUGGUGGCCCUGCAGCUGCCAUUGCUCCUUCGUUCCUCCUUUCGUGGUGAGCAGGCUUGUGUUUAUAUGGGAAAAUGUCCAGAACUAAAGGAUG